CAGUGUCUUGCUCAAGGACGCUUUGUCAUUUAGAGUGGAAGAAUGGGAAUUUAACCACAGACCUUUCAUUUGGGGGGCAAGUGUUGUACCUCCUGAGCCACAGCUGCUCCAUUAAAUGACACAAAAGUAAGAUUUUUGACAGGGUCACUUCGCUAACAGCCUGGAUCAGCUGGGUUAAAACCUCAGCAAUAUCACAGAAACUGAAACUAAGUUUAUCUUAUAGAGUGUAAAUGAAGCCUGAUGGAUGGUUUAUGUCUCAGGAUCACCUGGUCAGUGUCCUGGGUGUGGCCUCCACUGUCGCCCAUGAGCUUGGUCACAACCUGGGAAUGAGCCACGACACCACUGAGCGCCACUGCUCCUGUCAGAACGAACCGCGGCUCGGAGGAUGCAUCAUGGAGCCUUCAACUGGGUUCAUGCCGGGUCAGCUGUUCAGCAGCUGCAGCACUGCAGAUCUAUCUGUCAGUCUGCUGCACGGAGGCGGCAUGUGUCUGUUUAAUGUGCCGCAGCCGGAGAACCUGCUGGGAAAGCCGCGCUGUGGAAACCUGUAUGUAGAGAAGGGCGAGGAGUGCGACUGUGGCUUGCUGCAGGAAUGUGAGGACCCCUGCUGUAACGCCUCCACCUGUCGACUGGUUCCUGGAGCUCAGUGCUCGUCUGACGGCAUCUGCUGCCAGGACUGCAAA